GCCUUAGGCACUAAAAUUUCUGGUUCGAUUGUCGGCUAGUGCCAAACCGAGCUUCAAUCAAAAUCAUUCGAUUGACUGUUUACCAAAAUUCCAAACCAGAACUCAAUUCUUCAAGAUGUUGUCUAGAGCCGCCGUCCGCGCAUCCUCCUCCACCUCAAUGGUCGCCCGCCGUGGCUUCCACUCUACCCGUGCUCAAAUGGGUUCUCCAUACCAUUACCCUGAGGGACCACGAAGCAACAUUCCAUUCAACCCAAACACAAGAUUCUUUGCUUUAAGAUACUGGGGAUUCAUGGCUCUUGGAUUCGGUGCUCCAUUCGGCGUUGCAGUCUGGCAAACAUACAAGAACCAAUAGAGGGUUGCUUAGGUGUACGUUGCAUUGGGAGGAAAGUUAUGAAUCGAUUGGCAUAUCAAAGCUAGAAGGGUGGGGGAACGAUUGUGUAUACAAGACAACAGUUUUCACGGAUAUGACUUCAUUCUUUAUAUUGUGUAUGAUGGCCUCUCAAUGUACUAGUCUUUAUCGCGGCUUCUUCAGGGCCCCAUGUGACUCUCAUGGUCAAUUUAUACCCAUAGGAUCA